UUUGUACAACCAUCACCAUUAUCCAUUUCUGGAACUUUAAAAAAAAUUCGCUAUAUUAACAAAAAUUUUCUCACAAGGCCCUUUACUGGUUCGUGGGCUGAUGAAACCAAAAGUGCGGUGUUGUGGCUCCUGCCAGGAGUGAUUCUAGCCUUCACCUGUGCCAGUCCUCGCUAUGAACAGAAGAGCAGAUUACUUGGUUACUGAGGAAGAGAUCAGUCUUACUAGAGGACCAUCAGGCCUGGGCUUCAACAUCAUCGGUAGGACAGAUCAGCAGUAUGUCUCCAAUGACAGUAGCAUCUUCAUCAGCCACAUCAAAGAGAACAGGGCUGUGGCCCUGGAUGGGUGGCUCCAGGAGGGUGAUAAGAUCUGCUCCGUCAAUGGCCGCGACCUAAAGAAUCUGCUGCACCAGGAUGCCAUAGACCUUUUCCGUAAUGCAGGCUAUGCUGUGUCCAUGAGAGUGCAGCACAGGUUACAGGUGCAGAAUGGGACCAGUUUAAAUGGGCCCAUAGGACCUCAAGGUGAAGGGGAGCCAAGUGGUAUUACCAUAACUGUGGUGCUGGUGCCUUUGCCCUCACCAUGGUAG